UUAUCAUCCCACCUAUUCAAUUUAACGUUUUGUGUAGCUUACGUCCGGCUUUAGCCUUGCGUGGUCCGGGACAAAAGCCGGUAUUCUUUUGGGUAUGUUAGCCAGUGUGUAUAUAUAUAGGCCGAAGCUGUAUACUAUUAGACCAGAAGGACCGACGAAGAACUUAGUUCCCAAAGCCCGGUGCUCACCCGACCCUGAUAUUGUAUCCACCAUCGAGAUGGUGCUCUCGGGAGUCGUUGUCUUGCUGGCUGCGCUAUGCCUGGAUGGUUCUUACGCCAUCCUGGGACUCGGGGAGCCCAUUCCUAGCGACUGGGCCUCAAACCUCCGUUAUUACGACUACGUCAAGGACAGGGAUGACUGUCGCUUCGGAUACCGAAUUGAUGCCAAGACACGCCAGAUUAUCAAUGUCUUCAACUGCACCAACGCCAAUCCCGACAUCUUCUUCGUGUUGGAGAUGCGGACAUGUGCCGCGUCAUACCACGUGCUGAACAGAGAGACGUGCGCCUCUACGCCUAAUUUGGAAGAGGACGACGUCCAAAUUGCCGAGGACAUUAACUGCCGAUUGGAAUACAAGGGUGUGGCCCCAGACCCCACAAACUGUGUGAGGUACCUACAGUGCGACUCUAACAAGAGUACCCGCGUUGGAUGGAAGACUUGUCCGAGAGGCCAGUUCUUCAGUAAUGAUACUUACAGAUGUGAACACAUGUGGCGGUCGAACCCCGACGGAACCAUCACAUCCCUAUCAGAGUCCGCCAUGUGCCAGGGUCGACAAAUCCCCGUGGGCAGCAGGAGAAAUUACGGUACCAUCAUGUCGAAAUGCUUGUGGAACUGGGACUUCAACAACGCCAAUUCGUACAGCGUCUCCGAACCCUUGGACUGUCAGGUCUACUAUCUCUGCUCCCGCUUCAACCCAUCCUAUAUCGAUACGUCGGAGGUCAGGAGAUGCCAGGUUAACAACACUUACUGGUCAGAUUCACAGCAGGCCUGUGUCGCGGCCAACCAAUUGACGGCUAGUGAGUUACAAGAGUGUGGCCUGUAACGUCCUCAUAAGCAUCAGCACUCGGCAGUAUUGCCUGGCGUCAUUACCUAAUUAUACAGUAUAUCACCAUUAUCACACAUCUAUGUUUGUAUUUAAAAUCAUUAAAAUAUUGGUGAACAUGUA